AUGAAUUAUGCCAAAAACAGAACUGAAGAGUAUGUUCAAUUCAUUUGUAACACAUCAACACCUAAAUUGAUAUCGUUAGAUCAGAUUAAACAGAACACCGAUCAAGAUGAAACAUUACAAGCUUUGAAAAUGGCUAUAAGAACGAAUGAUUACAAACCUUGGCAAAACCUAGAAUUAAAACCUUAUUCCAAGAUAAAAGAAGAAAUUACUCUAUGUUUAUCCUCAACUAACCCGAAACAACCCAAACCGAUUCCCAAACCUGUUACGAAACCCCUAGUAAGAUCGACACGCCCAAUGACCCCUUUGAUACUCGUGAGUACAACGAAACCACCAACAACCCUAGUCGAAACAUCUCCACCAAUGGCAACUGCGAUACCGAGAAAUCCACCAGCAACACUUUCAACAACGAUUGAGGUUCCACUGCUCAAAUCUCCAAUACCAAUUCCACCACCAACGACUCCACCAUCAGGAGAAUCAUCACCGACAUCCACGCCAACAGAUACAACUUCAACACCUGGCAAAGAAGAAAUUCCCAUAACAACAUGGAAAUCUAAAAGAUCAAGAAAACCACCGAAGUAUCUUUCAGAUUAUACAGUGUAG